CAAUGCCUAAACACAUGAUAAUGUUCAUAUCAUUCGUGUUAACUAUAGCAGUCGUACCAGAAACUGGUGCCACGGUGAAAUACAACAUCACAAACACGGCUGCAGAAACCUCGGGUGGGGUCAGGUACGAAAACCAAAUUGGGUUCGAGUACAGUAAACACACCUUAAAGUCCUCAAAUUUGUUCAUAUGGAGGAUCUUCCAACAAAAAAACAAAGCUGACAGGGCAAAUGUGACACUCGUGCACUUAUUCAUUGAUGACAUGGACGGUGUAGCUUAUUGUGAGGAUAACGAGAUCCAUGUCAGCACAAACUAUAUUGCAGGUUAUCAGGAUGAUCUUAAGAAAGAAUUUAGUGGGGUGGUUUAUCAUGAGAUGACGCAUGUGUGGCAAUGGAAUGGGAAUGAUUCGGCUCCCCAAGGAUUGAUUGAAGGGAUUGCUGAUUUUGUGAGGCUAAAGGCUGGGUACAUACCUAGCCACUGGGUUCAGCCGGGGCAAGGUGAUCAAUGGGACCAAGGGUAUGAUGUAACAGCACGGUUCCUUGACCAUUGUGAAGGUCUCAGAAAUGGGUUCGUGGCUCAACUUAAUAAGAAGAUGCAGUAUGGUUACAGUGUUGACUAUUUUGUUGACUUGGUCGGGAAGACAGUUGAUCUGUUGUGGAGUGAGUAUAAGGCUGCAUACAAUGGUUAGAAAUGAAUGAAGUUCUAAUCAUGUACCAUCCCCAUCAAAA